UUUCCGAGACCAGUAACGUGCUGUGGUUCUUUUCUCACCCACAGGAUAUAAGCGCGAUGUUAACGAUGAUGGAUAUCCACCCGGGAGACACUGUCUUGGAAACUGGCAGCGGGUCUGGCGCUAUAAGCUUGUUUCUGUCGAGAGCGGUUGGGCCCAAAGGACGUGUUCUAAGUUAUGAAAUCAGAGAUGAUCAUCAUAAUUUAGCGAAGAAGAAUUACAGACACUGGCGAGCUGCCUGGGAAAUAGGGCAUUCGGAAGAGUGGCCAGACAACGUGGAUUUCAUUCUUCAAGACAUUUCAGCAGCUGCUGCAGAUAUGAAAUCUGUAACGCUUGAUGCGGUAGUUCUGGAUAUGCUUAACCCUCAGUCUGCUCUGCCUGUCGUAUAUCCCAGUCUGAAACAGGGUGGUGUGUGCGCUGUGUAUUUAGCAAACAUCACACAGGUUAUUGAACUUUUAGACAGAAUACGGACCUGGAAGCUCCCUUUUUUGUGUGAAAAGAUCAUUGAGGUAACUCAUAAAAAUUGGUUGGUACUCCCUGCUAAAACCAAGAAUGGCAAAUCAAGUCAGAUGUUGGAAACUCAGGAGAAUAUUGAAGAAGCACCUCAAAAGGAAUUCGAAGAUAUCCACAUUCAAGAUCAAGAAGUUCUUCAAGACAGUGAAUACAGUGAAUCCCUUUCUGACAAUGCUGAAACACACUGCUGGAGGCCUUAUGUUGCAAGACCAUCUUACUGGCAGGAUGCUCAUUCAGCAUUCCUUACCAAGCUGAGAAAGUUCCGGCCAUGGCUUGCGUGA